AUGUCAGAAGAGAGGGAUGUAUCUCUAGAGGGCGAUGUUGCUGAUACGGAUAUAAUGCCAUCGGCACCUCCUUUGAAAGACGAAGAAGAUUUCAAAUCGCCGUCCGCUGACGGGAAACAAGUCUCAAGUCUUAUGGAAGAUGCUAAGGGAUUAUCGUUGGAUAAAGAGCAUGAUGCUGAGGCAAAUAAAAAACCAGCCCCUGAACCGGUGAUGGGCGCAGUCGAUAAGCCUCCAAACAAGUUCUUCCUAAUUACGUUAGCAACGCUAUUUCAGGCUGACGUAAUGUUCGUUGGUGAAGUGUGUUGUAUGCUUGCCUAUUUGGUCAGUCUGAUGAUUCAACGGUAUCAGUGGAGAAGGCGAAAGGCGAACCAUGUUUGCACGGCGGGAUCGGGAUCAGUUUCGGGAACAUUGAUGGGAAGUGUUUUGGAUUCGGAAAAACGUGACAGUGCUGUGAGUGGAUCUGAGUGGAGCACAUGCGAUAGUGUGACGACAUGUCAGAGUUGCUAUGCUGAUGUGAACACAUGCGAGGUGUGCAACUCGGAAUGUCCCACAGUACCACGAUUCAACUGGUUUCUGUUUGCGAUUCCAGCGUUUUGCGAUGUUGUCGCUACAUCGAUUCAAUACGUCGGAUUGGUGCUGACCAGCGCUGCUUCCUAUCAAAUGUUAAGAGGUUAG